AUGCUGCUUUGGAUCCUGCUGCUGGAGAUAUCUCUUUGUUUGGCGGCUGGCAACGUAACGAGGGACGUGUGUAAGGAAAGGCUCUGCUCGUGCAACGAGGUGGAAGGGGACCUGCACGUAGACUGCGAGAAGAAGGGCUUCAGCAACCUCCAGCACUUCUCGGCCCCCACCUCCCAGUUCUACCACCUCUUCCUGCAUGGGAAUUCUCUCACCAGGCUUUUCCCCAAUGAGUUCGCCAACUUUUACAAUGCAGUCAGCCUACACAUGGAGAACAAUGGCUUGCAUGAGAUCGUCCCUGGUGCUUUCCUGGGUCUUCAACUGGUCAAACGUCUGCACAUUAACAACAACAAGAUCAAAUCGUUCAAGAGACACACGUUCCUGGGCUUGGAUGAUCUGGAAUAUCUCCAGGCAGACUUUAACCUCUUAAGAGACAUUGACCCAGGAGCCUUCAGGGACCUGAACAAGCUCGAGGUUUUAAUUUUAAACGACAACCUCAUUAGCACCUUGCCCACUAAUGUGUUCCAGUACGUGCCCAUCACACAUCUAGACCUCCGGGGGAACAGAGUGAAGACCUUGCCCUAUGAGGGGGUCUUGGAACAAAUCCCAGGCAUAGCGGAAAUCCUCUUGGAGGAUAACCCUUGGGACUGCAGUUGUGAUCUGUUAUCUCUAAAGGAGUGGCUAGAGAAUAUUCCAAAGAAUGCAUUGAUCGGUAGGGUUAUUUGUGAGGCUCCCACCAGACUGCAGGGCAAUGAUUUAAAUGAGACCUCAGAGCAGGAGCUGUGCCCCUUAAAAAACGCAGUGGAUUCCAGUUUAGCUGCCCCUCCUGCCCAAGAUGAGACCUGCGAUCCUGGUCCAAUCCCAACCCCCUUUAAAGUCGGUGGCCAAGAUGACUCUGCCACCCAGGGUUCCUCAGUAAGCGGAGGCACCAAGAUACCAGGCAACUGGCAACUGAAAACUCGACCCACAGCUGCUGUGUCUGAAACAAACCCUAAUGAUAGACCAAAUCAGACCAUUGUCUGUCCAGCUGCCUGCAGUUGCGGUAAGCAAAUCAUUGGCACUGGGUUAAAAGUAGAUUGCAGUAACAAAAAUGUCAAGAGUCUUUCUGAAUUGGAGCCCAAACCUCCCAAUGUGCAGGAAUUGUUCCUGAGAGAGAAUAAGAUCCACACGAUCAAAAAAUCCAACUUUCUGGAUUACGGGAAUUUAACUUUACUGGAUCUAGGGAAUAACAACAUAGGGAUGGUAGAGAACAACACCUUCCAGAACCUAACUGACCUAAGAUGGUUGUACAUGGAUAAAAACUGCAUAGACACCCUGACCCCGGAUAAAUUCACUGGCCUGCAGAGCUUGGAGUAUCUCAAUCUGGAAUUUAACUUUAUCCAACUCAUCCUGCCAAACACCUUCAACCCUAUGCCCAACCUCAGGAUCCUCAUCCUCAACAACAACCUUCUGAAGUCUCUGCCUGUGGAUGUGUUUGCUGGGGUCAGCCUUUCCAAAUUAAGUCUUCACAAUAAUUACUUCAUGUACCUCCCAGUGGCAGGGGUACUGGAUCAGCUCACCUCUAUCAUACAGAUAGAUCUUCAUGGCAACCAGUGGGACUGCUCCUGCAAUAAUGUGCCUUUCAAACAAUGGGCAGAGCGACUUGGCCCCGAGGUAAUUGUAAGUGAUCUCAAAUGUUAUUUCCCAGAGGAGUUCUGGGGGAAAGACUUCAGAUUUCUUUCUAAUGACAUGAUGUGUCCCCUGCUGUAUGCAAAAAUUUCCCCAACUCUCAAUGCUCUUCAUAAGAAUAGCACUGGCCUCUCAGAGACCAACACUCAUCCCAAUUCCUACCUAGAGACAAGCCGGGUAUCUAUCUCUGUGCUAGUGCCAGGGCUCCUGUUGGUGUUUGUCACCUCUGCCUUCACAGUAGUUGGCAUGCUGGUAUUUAUCCUUAGAAACAGGAAAAGAUCGAAGAGAAGGGAUGCCAACUCCUCUGCUUCAGAAAUCAAUUCCUUGCAGACAGUAUGCGAUUCUUCUUACUGGCAUAAUGGCCCCUACAAUGCAGAUGGCACCCAUAGAGUAUACGAUUGUGGGUCUCAUUCGCUCUCAGACUAG